UCGCGACGUUUUGAGUGGAAGAACGGGAGUUAGAAGUAACGGUAGAAAUAAAGCAGUUGGUGGUGGUCUAGGCACGGGUGACGUUAAGCCCUUGUCGUCAGUAUACUGCGGCUUUGGCCAAGUUUUCUACCUCAGGGAGCUGUAGAUACUCCGACAAACUGGAUCAACCGUCGGAUACUCCGGAUCCUCGCCUCUCUUCAGGCAUGAGGCAUGUGGAGGUGGAAAAGGCGCGCGAGUUAGACCAGCAGUUUGCUGGUCUAGACCUGAACACUUCUGAUAAUCAGAGUAAAGCGGGAAGUACAGCAAGCAAAGGGCGCUAUAUACCUCCUCACUUAAGGAACAGAGAAGCGUCUAAAGGAUUCCAUGAUAAAGACAGUUCAGGGUGGAGUUGUAGUAAAGAUAAAGAUGCUUAUAGCAGUUUUGGGUCUCGAGAUUCAAGAGGAAAGUCCAGUUACUUCAGUGAUCGUGGAAGCGGAUCAAGAGGAAGGUUUGAUGAUCGUGGACGGAGUGACUAUGAUGGUAUUGGCAGUCGUGGUGACAGGACUGGUUUUGGCAAAUUUGAUCGCAGUGGACACAGUCGAUGGGGUGACAGAUCAGAUGAUGAUGAUUGGUCAAAACAACUUCCACCGAGUGAACGUUUGGAACAGGAACUAUUUUCUGGAGGAAACACUGGGAUUAAUUUUGAGAAAUAUGAUGAUAUUCCAGUAGAGGCAACUGGCAAUAACUGUCCUCCACAUAUUGAAAGUUUCAACGAUAUUGAAAUGGGAGAAAUUAUCAUGGGGAACAUUGAGCUUACUCGUUAUACUCGUCCUACUCCAGUGCAAAAAUAUGCCAUUCCUAUUAUCAAAGAAAAAAGAGACUUGAUGGCUUGUGCCCAAACAGGGUCUGGAAAAACUGCAGCAUUUCUUUUGCCUAUUUUGAGUCAAAUUUAUACAGAUGGUCCAGGCGAAGCUUUGAAGGCUGUGAGGGAAACUGGGAGGUAUGGACGCCGUAAACAGUAUCCAAUCUCCUUGGUGUUAGCCCCAACAAGAGAAUUGGCUGUACAAAUCUAUGAGGAAGCCAGAAAAUUUUCAUACCGGUCUAGAGUUCGUCCUUGUGUGGUUUAUGGUGGUGCUGAUACUGGUCUGCAACUUCGAGACUUAGAACGCGGAUGUCACUUACUAGUUGCCACUCCUGGACGUUUAGUGGAUAUGAUGGAAAGAGGAAAGAUUGGAUUAGACUUCUGGAAAGACUCACUGACCUUAGUGUUUGUGGAGACCAAAAAGGGUGCUGAUUCUCUGGAGGAUUUCUUAUACCACGAAGGAUAUGCUUGUACCAGUAUCCAUGGAGACCGAUCACAGAGAGAUAGAGAGGAAGCUCUUUACCAGUUUCGUUCAGGAAAAAGCCCAAUUCUAGUGGCUACAGCUGUGGCUGCAAGAGGACUAGAUAUUUCCAAUGUGAAACAUGUUAUCAAUUUUGAUUUGCCAAGCGAUAUUGAAGAAUAUGUACAUCGGAUUGGCCGUACGGGACGUGUAGGAAACCUCGGCCUUGCCACCUCAUUUUUUAACGAAAGAAAUGUAAAUAUUACAAAGGACUUGUUGGAUCUUCUUGUUGAAGCUAAACAAGAAGUGCCGUCUUGGUUAGAAAAUAUGGCUUAUGAACAUCACUAUAAGAGUAGCAGUCGUGGACGUUCUAAGAGUAGAUUCAGUGGAGGAUUUGGUGCCAGAGACUAUCGACAAAGUAGCGGUUCCAGCAGUUCUAGCUUUAGUAGUGGCCGUGCAAGCAGCAGUCGCAGUGGUGGUGGAGGUCACAGCAGCAGCAGAGGAUUUGGUGGAGGUGGCUAUGGAGGCUUCUACAGUAGUGACGGAUAUGGAGGGAAUUAUAACUCCCAGGGGGUUGACUGGUGGGGCAAUUAAACCUGCUCUACAGUCACAUCACCCCUUUAAACAAGUUAAUAUGGAAACCACAUGUAACUUAGCCAGACUGUAUUGUGUAGUUUAAGAACUUUCAGUACAUUACCAGCCGUGAUUCUCCUGAAAAGCUAUGGAACAUCAAAGUCACAAGAAGAAAGGAACAAUAACAGCCCCAUUCAGAAGUUGGUUGAAAGACUUAAUCGCGCUAGCUUGGAUUAACUCCCAUCCUGCUCAUUUUCCAUCCCAAGCUGCAUUUAUAAUUUUGUGACUGAGAAUCAUUUGUUUGUUAAUAUACUGUAACUUUAGACAACUUAUUAUUUUGAUGUUCUGUUUGGCUGAGUAAUACUCAAGGUAUCAAUUGUUUUGACAAAAUAAAUUUCUGAACUUGGGCUAACACCAAACCUUUGCAUAAAGCUGUGAUAAACUUAAUAGGAGUUACCAAUUUAUCAGUAAGUAUUACAGAUUAAAAAUAAUUUAGGCAGUAGCUUCUUAGGACUUUUUGGAUAUUUACUUGUAGACUGGGAAGAAGAACAUCUUAAGCAAAAUUAGUUUCUAAUGUGCCCAAAUGAACUAUGUUAAAGUUCUGAUUGACUUCUCAUUCUGUCAUGGGUAAGCACUUAGAAACUUUGUAGUAGUUAAAUGUCAUUCAGUCAUGAUGAAGUAGCAGGUACGAAUAUAUCCAUGCAUUUUCAAAGCACUCUUCAAAAUGAAUGCAAGUAAAUACAGCAAUUCCUCUUUCAAUGUUUAUUAAUUGUAAGCUAUGCGAGUGUGGGCGUACUAUUAUAGGGAAAGUUUAAUGUUUGAUUUAAAAAGUGUUUUGAAGGAAAUUAGAUUAUUUUAAUGCCUGCGAUAACUAAAAUUGAAUUGGUAGAAUGGCUGACCAUGAGCAUUACCUUGUCCUCUUUAUGGACCUGGUUGGAUUUUGGUCUGAAGUGCAUGCUAGUGUUGUUUUUUGGUCAAGACUAUAUAAGCAGGGAGAAUUAUGCAGCAGGCUUUAUUUAAUGCAGAUUCAGGUUACUCUGUUGAAGCUGUAUUGAAAGGUUAAAAUGGCUUACACUUGUAGACUUAAAUUUUAGCAAACAAAUUCUUGAGAUCCCACAGGCUGGAAAUAAGUACUAAACUGCACCUGAUGUUAUUGCUAUAUGGUGCACUUUUAGUCUUCCUUUAGUUGCAUAGGUUUCCAUUGUACUUAUAUUCUCUUUGCUAAAUUUGGCCAAAGAUGAUUGUCCAUCACUAAAAAUGCCUCUGCCAUUUGGAAUUCUAUGCUGAUUUUAUAGUUAGAAAGCAGUGAUAUUUACAAACUAAUUUUUACAGUUGCAUAAGAAGGUAAAAUUUUCUUAAAAGUGCAAUAGAUUUUUCAGGAGUAUUGUGCCUUGUUCUAAAACUUUAAGUAGACAGUUGACAGUAUUAAGGUUAUUUGUUACGGUGCUAUUUCAAUUGGUAUAUAUUUAGACUUUUGUAUACUUUGCCCAUAACUUUUUACAAAGCACUUAUUUUAUUGCACAUUCAGAAAAUUUUAUAUAUAUAUGUAUAUAUAUAUAUAUACACACACACACACACACACACACACACCACACACAUAUAUAUAUAUGUGUGUGUGUGUGUGUGUCUUGUUGUAUGUGUCCUUAAACUUCCAAUCUCAUUUUAUCUCUUGGAGAUUGUUGAAUGCAGUUUAUAAACUAGAUUGUAGAAUUUUAUUUGGGACCAUGGAAUGAUAGUUAUGAAGAAACUGUUUGCACAUGAAAGAUUUUAGAUACUUUUUGCUGCUAGUUUGUAUAAUAUUUAUUGAACAUUUUGACAAAUAUUUAUUUUUGUAAGCCUAAAAGUGAUUCCUUGAAAGUUUAAAGAAACUUGACCAAAAGACAGUACAAAAACACUGGCACUUAAAUGUCACUGUAUGUGAAAUAAUAUAUUUUGGGAUAGUGUGAACUUUCAAUGUUGAGUCCUGUUAAACUUGAGUUCUUAUUAAGCAGACCCAGCAUUGGCUGUGAGGUUCUGACAAAAUUUAAAGUAAAAUUGGCAACUUAAAAUUUUCUAAGGUUUUGAUACACUUGUCUUAAAAAUAUUAAUGAUACACCUUUAAAUACUGGUAGGAAGUGUCCACAUUCUCAAAGGUUUUGAGUUUUGUUUAAUGUGCGUGGUUUUUUUUGGUUUGGUUUUCACUUACUGUCUGGCAUAUUUGCAGUCCUCAAACAUGUGGUUACCUUUGUAAUUCCAUAAUGUGUGACUUUUACAUUCCUUUUUAAUCAACCAGUAAAUAAGGAUUGGUUUAAA